UCUGAAGAGGAGGAGCGUUGGCACGCUGCAACUCAACAUUGGGCUGUAUUGCAAUCAAGCUUGCGCUCACUGCCACGUGGAAAGCUCUCCUCUGCGCACCRAGAUGAUGGAUCACAGGACGGCAGAGCAUAUCGUUAAUCUCCUAGAGAGGAGCAAAGAGAUCGCCGUUGUAGAUCUGACUGGCGGUGCUCCGGAGUUAAACCCUGCGUUCCGAUACCUUGUGAAAGAGGCCCGACAACUCGGAAAGGAAGUGAUAGAUCGUUGUAAUCUAACGGUUCUCUUCGUGGAAGGCCAAGAACACCUAGCCGAUUUCCUUGCUGAGAAUCAGGUUCGUGUUGUUGCCUCCCUCCCUUGCUACACCGUGGAGAACGUCUCUAAGCAACGAGGCGGAGGGGUGUUCAAGAAGAGUAUCGCAGCCCUCCAGAUGCUAAAUUCUCUGGGUUAUGGCAAAGAAGAGGCUUUCCUUCCUGCGGCACAGGACGUCUUGCAGGCAGCCUACAAGACGGAACUGUUCGAGGCGUACGGCAUAACCUUUAAUAACCUGUUCACUGUCACCAACAUGCCAAUUAAAAGGUUCGCCGACUAUCUGUAUCGCAAAGGGGAGAUGGAAUCCUACAUGAACCUGCUUCUCAGCAGCUUCAACCCGGUGGCAGUAGAUGGCGUCAUGCGUAGGGAUAUGGUCAGCGUCGGAUGGGAUGGGGCCUUGUUUAACUGUGAUUUCAACCAGCAAUUGGGGUUGGGAGUGGGAGGGCAAUCCGUGCCAUCGACCGUGUUUGAUCUGCAGUCGUUCGAUCAGCUGAUCGGCUGACCAAUCGCCGUAGACGAUCACUGUUAUGGCUGCACGGCGGGCCAUGGGUCGAGUUGCACUGGAGCUUUGACCACAUGAUUGAAGUAGUUCUGCGCACUGGUAGAAAAAAAAAAAUUGUUAUUCCUAAGUCACGCUCCCGCUUAACUAACAGACAUUCAUGUAGGCUUCCUGCAAACCAUUCAUUCAUUAAAUAAAAGUCUAUUAAACAC